AUGGCGAAAGGUAGCAGGGCAAGGCGUAGGUUUACUUCUCGCCAAUGCAGGCACGCACCUUACUCAUCACCAGCUUAUAAUCAAGAUAUCUCCACAGACUUGUGCCCGACGAAAUGCUCCAAAAUUCUGGAUAAGAAAGAAUGGGAAGGUGUAACUUGUUCUGUUUGCAUGGAGUGCCCGCACAAUGCUGUCCUUCUGCUCUGUUCCUCUCAUGAGAAAGGUUGCCAUCCCUACAUGUGUGGAACUAGCUUCCGCUACUCCAACUGCCUUGACCAGUACAAGAAAGCUUACACUAAGACUAUCUCAUCCACCGGUACUGCUGAUAAUCCGAUUUUGGUCUCAGAUUCCACCUGGCCUGUUGAGAAGGGUGAAGCUACCGAGCUUGCUUGCCCACUCUGUAGGGGCCAGGUGAAAGGGUGGACUGUGGUAGAACCUGCACGAGAAUAUUUAAAUACCAAAAAGAGAAGCUGCAUGCAGGAUGACUGCUCAUUUGUCGGAACUUACAAGGAGUUAAGGAAACACAUGAGGACAAAGCACCCCUCAGCACGACCACGUGCAGUUGAUCCCACUCUUGAACAGAAAUGGCGAAGGCUUGAGCGUGAGCGCGAACAUGAUGAUGUAAUCAGCACAAUUCGGUCGACAAUGCCAGGUGCAAUGGUUUUCGGAGAUUAUGUAAUAGAGGGAAGUCAUUAUGGUUUUGAUACAGAUGAAGACGGGGGUCUCGAUGCAGAUGCCACAGAGAGGAAUGGAGGUUUUGAGGUGGGCUUUGAUCGGAAUCUGGUGAAUGUCUUCUUGCUGUUGCAUGCAUUUGGGCCAACAGGGGAUGGCCACAGUAGACGGCUGAGGCAUCCUGAAAGGACCGAUCGUCAAAUGACUGAUGAAGAUUCUGUUAGUAUUCAUCACACUUCUCCUGUUGGAGGGCUGGGUUUGUCCGACGAAGAUGAUGACAAUAACAGCGAUGAUGAUAAUGGUGAUGAUAAUGGCAUGUCACUUGUUAGCCGCCUUCGUCGACAUGGCAGAAUGCUUUUGGGGCGUUCAGGUAGGAGACGUAGGCGUAGAGAAGCCAUUGGAGGUCCGAGAUGA